GGGGCUUAUCAGUGAAGCUGAGCAGGCAUGUUCCACCCACUCCAGUGGAGGCCUCCAUCCAGAAUUUAUUCCUGCUACACUAACUCAGUCCGCUUCUUUGGCUAUGAAGGGAAACUGGGUUUGUGGCAGAAUGAGAAGUCCUUGAAGGGCGGCUUCCAGUGGCUGUUUGCUUGGCUACAGAAAAACACAGUGAAAUGUCCAAGGCAGAAGAGCCUUCUCUCCCUGCUGGCCAAUCAGUGCAGCUAUGUAACCAGCCAAAGGGUCCAGCGAGCCCAGCAGAUUGGACAGUUGUACAGUAAUAUCUACUCUGAGAGGACACGUAAGAGCCUCUUCAGCUCCUUGUGGCGCAAGUUCCAAGGACGUCAUGGCAAUGCCGGUAAGCUGAUGGCUGCCCUCACCGGUGUGUUCUUGUGGGAAGAGGAGAGAAUCAAAGAAGAAGAACUAAAAAGGUCUGCAGAAGAGAUGAAGCGCAUGGAAGAAAUAACCAGGCUGUUUCAGAGCACUGGAAGGGAGAACCAGACGCAGGAGACAAAGCUCCAAAAUGACAUAACUUCUGAUCCCGAGGAGCAGAGCUGGGAAAUGGUGAUGGACAAGAAGCACUUCAAGCUGUGGCGGCGUCCGAUUGGAGAGUCUCAACUGUACCAGUAUCGAGUCUUUGGGACGUACAUGGAUGUGACCCCAAGGCAGUUUUUCAAUGUGCAGCUGGAUACUGAGUAUCGCAAGAAAUGGGACUCGCUAGUCAUCAAGCUGGAGGUGGUUGAGAGAGAUCAGGACACUGGGUCGGAGGUUGUUCACUGGGUAACUCACUUUCCGUAUCCAAUGUACUCACGGGAUUACGUGUAUGUUCGACGGUACAACGUGGACCAGGAGAACAAUCUGAUGGUUCUAGUGUCACGCGCGGUUGAGCACCCAAAUAUCCCGGAGGAUCCUGAAUUAGUCCGUGUCCGUACCUAUGAAUCCCAGAUGGUUAUUCGCCCUCACAAAACAUUUGAUGAGAAUGGCUUUGACUACCUGCUAACGUACAGCGACAACCCUCAGACUGUGUUCCCUCGCUACUGUGUAAGCUGGAUGGUGUCUAGUGGCAUGCCAGACUUCCUGGAUAAGCUGCACAUGGCAGCCCUGAAAGCCAAGAAGAUGGAAAUUGAAGUGCGAGACUAUAUCUCCUGUAAGCCCCCAGAGGGAGGGAGCAGUAGUGGCAGCAGCAGCAGUGAGGGGAAGGCCAGCAUCCCCAACCAGGAGCACAAGGGUGAAGGGUCCUGCAGCCCUAUUCAGAUGGACUUCGCUUAAAGGAAGGUGCUCCCCCACUCCCAAGUCAGCAGCCCAUGCCUCUUGCUUACA